AUUUUUUUUCCCCUUGUAAAUAGUGGAUGAUAGGAGGCAGUAGAGAUACUCUCGCCACAUGUAUCCCACAUAGAUGCCAUGCCGGCUUGCCUGUUUAACGUGCAAAUCUGGACUUGAUUCUCACCAACUCUUUACCAUCUGCACCCUCCCUCUUAUCAAUUCCAAUAAAUUUUACUUCCAAAGUAGCUAGUAAGUUUUUUCAAGAAAGAAAAAGAAAAAAAAGAGGUAAAGGAGGUGUCUUUCUUUCUGGGGUUGAAUUGAAUUAGAACCUUUGGUGCCUGCAAAAUAUUACUAGAAAUGGUUAUGGCAACUAGUUUGAGGAGAUGUGGAAGAAGAUUGGUUUCUUCUGUUUUCAAUAACAGGGAAUUCUCAACCACUUGUCAAGGCAACAAGGUUAUUCAACAACAACAUGAGCAACUACAAGAAACUGGGAAAUCAUUGAAUCUUUGCUCUGCCAUCAAUCAAGCUCUCCAUAUCGCAUUAGAAACCGACCCUCGCUCGUAUGUGUUUGGGGAAGAUGUGAGCUUUGGUGGGGUAUUUCGAUGCACAACAGGACUAGCUGAAAAAUUUGGUAAAAAACGAGUUUUCAAUACCCCUCUUUGUGAACAGGGCAUUGUUGGGUUUGGCAUAGGCCUGGCAGCAAUGGAUAAUCGUGCUAUAGCAGAAAUUCAGUUUGCGGAUUAUAUCUUUCCUGCUUUUGAUCAGAUUGUUAAUGAGGCUGCAAAGUUCAGAUAUCGGAGCGGGAAUCAAUUUAAUUGUGGAGGUUUAACCAUAAGAACACCAUAUGGGGCUGUGGGCCAUGGUGGACAUUAUCACUCUCAAUCCCCUGAAGCUUUCUUUUGUCAUGUUCCUGGUAUCAAAGUGGUUGUUCCACGAAGUCCAAGAGAAGCAAAAGGAUUAUUACUGUCAUGCAUACGUGAUACAAACCCUGUUAUCUUUUUUGAACCAAAGUGGCUUUAUCGUUUGGCAGUAGAAGAGGUUCCUGAGCAUGAUUAUAUGUUGCCUUUGUCAGAGGCAGAGGUGAUCCGAGAGGGCAGUGACAUAACACUAGUUGGUUGGGGAGCACAGCUGUCUAUUAUGGAGCAGGCCUGUUUUGAUGCUGAGAAGGAGGGAAUUUCUUGUGAACUGAUAGAUCUCAAAACUCUAAUACCCUGGGACAAAGAAACAGUAGAAGCAUCUGUGAGAAAGACGGGAAAGCUCCUUAUAAGUCAUGAAGCUCCAGUUACUGGAGGUUUUGGUGCUGAAAUUUCUGCGUCUAUCGUUGAACGUUGCUUCCUAAGGUUAGAAGCCCCAGUAGCCAGAAUUUGCGGGCUGGAUACACCCUUUCCUCUAGUUUUUGAACCCUUUUAUGUACCGACCAAGAACAAGAUAGUGGAUGCGAUCAAAGCAACAGUAAAUUACUAGUGGUGAUUGGUGAAGAGGACAGGAUGAGCUGCUUAAUGUUAGUAAAUGUGUAUUGUUGUACCCCUUGGCCUUGGAUUAUUAACAAGGAAUCCAAGAAGGCAAUAACUCAAGGCCAAGUCCAAGUCCAAAACCAAGGGGAUUGAUUGAUUAGCAGCAACUAAUAAAAACAUAGAAUCCGAUUCUCUUGAAGCAAUAA